AUCGCGGGAACUACUCAGCGUGGGUCCAAAAAUAGUGCACAAGCCAGAGAAUUUAGUGGUUCCUCCAGGCAGCAGGCGUAUUUCUUGUUUCUUCAAAAGAGCAACGGUUUUUGGGAAGGUUUAGAUGAUAUUUUCACAUUGCAUAUUGCAUUUUUCAAGUGUUAAUUACAUUGAGUGGAACUUUAUCAACUGUAUAUCAGCUACAAUUUGACAGUUUCGGAAAAAAUGGAGACGCCACCAAAUGACCUGAUGUUCAGGAGGAGCACUCGUAGUGCCCUGGCCGAAAUUCCUGCGCGACUUGGUGCAAUGACAAUGACUGAAACACCUGUUCGCAACAACAAUAACAAUGCGGACAACCAGACGGCGCUGAUAAUCGACGUGAACCAUGCUAAUCUGCCUUCGUCGUUUCUGUCUCCGGCGCCGUCUCCUGACGAACUGAUCAUCCAGCAGCGCGGCCGCCGACGCAUCCCCGUCACCUGGUCGCCGGACAUCGAUCUACGCAAGCGCGAAGGCGCGCACAAGGACACGACCCCUGUCAAGGUCAACAGCCUCCCCGUCUGCUCUGGGUCGCCCAACUCUAAGAGCACCAUUGUGUUGCGUAGCACCCCUCGCAAGCGGCUGCUGCUUAGCGAGCCCAUGGACAUCAGCUCUCCCGAAAAGAGAAGGCUGCAGAAUUCUCCAAACCCGAAAAAGUCGCGCCUGGAACGUCCGCCACUUGUGUUCGAUGGUCCACUGGACGUUGCCCUGAAGGGACUCUCGUCAGACCAGCUGAUCAAGGUGAUCCAGACAAUCGUGAAGACGCAUCCCGAGCUGGAGAAGGAGGUGAAGGAGAGCCUCCCCGCCCCCGACAUGCGUCCACUCGAGGACCAGCUCAACUAUCUCAAGAAGAACAUCUUCAAGUCUCUGCCCACAUCAAGACUGACAUCCAAGACUGACUCUCCGGCCUACAAUAGGGCUGCUACACAUGUGGCUGCUUUCAAGAAGUGCAUAAUGGAGCAAGCGCGCACGCUGGCCGACAGCCAGCAAUGGCCGUCAGUGCUGGAGUACGUGGUGAUGGCGUGGACAUACGUGCGCGCCACACCGCUCUGGGACAAUCUGCCGCACAACGCGGCGCGCAAGUCCUGCUUCAAGACGCUGGCUGCGCACUGCAUGAUGGCUCUCAAACAGGUGCAGCCGCACCAGCUCGGCCCCCCAGCUGACUUUCUCGACGACAUUCACGCUAAACUUCAGAGUUACGUUGUGGACAGUGAGGACAUCAAGAGCUGUUUGAAACAGUUGGAGCUCUUGAAGAAGAAAGCUUAACAUAAAUGAGCUCAAUGUGCUUGCUUUUGCAGAAUCAAUUCCAAAGAGUUUUCUGCCACUGCAGAAAUGUAUUUUAUGUGUGAAUGUGAAAUUUUGUCGAAAGACGGAAUAAUUCUCAUGUGAGAAAAUGUUAUGUUGUGCAUAGUAUUACCUGUGUGUGUGUAAAUAUUAAUUUGGCCGUAGUUUGAUGAUCCACUGAUUAGCAAUUCGCUAACUUUUGCUUUAGUAUUGUUUUCGCUUGGACGGGUUAUGCGAAUAACAAGUAUUAGUUCUGAUAUUUCCUACUUUGAUAUUUCGACCUUAUUUGGUCUUUCAUUGGAGUAUCAUUAGUCUUAUUUUGAAUUGUAUUCAUACAAUGAAAUGAAUUUUUCUAUUUUACUGACUAUCGUUAAUAUUUUACGAGUAUACUUGUUUCUUGACCGAACUGAUAGUGUAAUUAAUUCUAAGUAGUUCCUAAAUGGUUCUGAAAUUAAAUUAAAAUUAAUUUAAAUAAAUUAAAAUAGCAGUAAUAUCCACACAAAUGAAGUACAGUAACAGGACCAGAGACUAGAUUGAUUAUUGAACUACAAUAUUUUAUACGGCUUGACACAUUUUUAAUUUUGGAUGUGAUGACGUUUUAUCUAAUUGAGAUUCUUCAUUCCAAAGUAUGUUUUUAAUUGGCUUUUUAGUGACAAUAUUAUGGAAAUUUCUCAACCAAUCAAGAUGACGUAGAUCGUUUUAAUUACUGUUUUCAAUGUAUCAAAUGACAUAAAUUUGUUAACUUUUACAUUUAUUUAAUGUAGAUUAUGAACGUGAACAAUGAAUUUUUCGGAUUUCCGUGUAUGUAUCUCUAGGAUAACUUUUUGAUAUUUUGCAUUUAAAGAAUUAUCAUUCCAGUUCAAGUUGAUAGGUGACAUUCCAAAUGUUUCAUUUGAGAUCUAUACGAUUUUUGAAUGUACAUACGAGCAUGAUAUUUUUGGUAUGUUUAUUAUUUGAUGGUGUACAUUUAAGAAAGUGGAUAUUAUUUUAUUAGUACUAUUCAUUUUCAGUUAAUUUGGUUCAUGAUUGUAUAUUGUUCAUUACAAAUUGAUUCCAUAGUUAUCGGUUUUCGACUUAUAUUUAUGUUAGUUGAUUUUGGAUUAUUGAAAAAGGAUGAAUUCAUUGCCAUUAUUGUUACUUAUUGUAUGGUAACGUUUAUAAUGAUAUUAAUUUGUAUGUUGCUAGAUAAUAAUAAGUAAUAUAUGAACUGUAUACUUGUUUGUUUCAACAAUAAAAUAUACAAAUCCAA